CAGGGUCGUAGUUCAGCGGAAGUACGGUUUGUGUCCGUAUUUAAAGGCGCCAACAAAGACUAAUUCAGGAGCAGCUUCACAAACCCGCCACAGACACACGCAUCAUCCAACAGUACAGUUCAGCUUAGUUUAUUUAACGCGUUAAAAUGCCCGAAGAAACAGGAGCUACUUCAACCGCGGAAAGGAUGGAAGAGAAACCUUGCUCCUCAAGCACUGGAGACAGUUCUGUCGAUGUCGCUGAGGAAGCAAAGAAGCUGAUUGGCACUGGAAGUCGGCACUUAGUGAUGGGUGAUGUUGUGUCUGCAGUCAGUGUUUUCCAGGAGGCUUGUGCCAUGCUAGCUGAGAAGUAUGGAGACACUGCUGAUGAAUGUGGGGAAGCUUUUUUCUUUUGUGGGAAGGCCCUUCUGGAGCUUGCCAGGAUGGAGAACACUGUGCUCGGUAAUGCUUUAGAAGGAGUCCCAGAAGAAUCCUCUGAGGAGGGUGAGAAGCAGGAUGACUCGAAGAUCGAAAGUGCUGACAACUUGGAUGAGAAAACCAGGGAUGAACUUCGAGCACAGGUUUAUGAUGCCAUGUCAGAGGACAAUACUCGGUCAGAGGUAGAAAAAGAGGAAUGUGGUGAAGGCGAACGGAACAACAAAGAGGAAGUUGAGAAGCAGGUAAAGGUAGAUGAAGCACCAAAGGAAGCAGAUACUGCAUCUAAAACUGAGAAACCAACUGAAGAUGAGGCAAAACCCGCAGAGAAUCAGGAGAAAAUGGCUGUAGAUGAGGAAAAACCUGCAGAGAAACAGGAGAAAAUAGCUGUAGAUGAGGCAAAACCUGCAGAAAACGAGAAACUAGCUAAAGACGAGGCAAAACCUGAAGAGAAGCCGGCUGAAGAAAAGACCAAGCAGGCUGAAGACGAGGCAAAACCUGCAGAGAAUGAGGAGAGGCCACCUGAAGAUAAGGCGAAACCUGCUUCGAUCGAGAAAUGUGGUAAUGAAGAUGAGAAAUCCAAGGGUGAGGAUGAAGACGCUUCUACAAAUAAAGAUGUCACUGUGUCAAACGGAAUUGCUAAAAAGAAUAAAGAUGAAAGUGUUGAAGAGAAAAAGGGAAGUGAAGAUACUGAAGAACCCAUGGAAGAGGAUGGAGGUGAUGACGAUGGUGAUGAGGAUGAGGACGAUGACGAUGAUGAGGAUGCAGAGGGUGAUGCUAAGGAUAAGGAGAGUGAGGAGGAUGAAGUUGGAAACCUGCAGUUGGCCUGGGAGAUGCUUGAAGUUGCUAAAGUUAUUUAUAAAAGAAAAGAUGACAAAGAAGAUCAGUUAAUGGCAGCACAGAUUCACCUGAAACUUGCAGAAGUUGGAGUUGAAUCAGGAAACUACAGUCAGGCUCUGGAGGACUUCAAUGAGUGUUUAACCCUGCAGCUCAAGCACCUUCCCUCUCAUAGUCGUCUUUUGGCUGAGACUCAUUAUCAGUUGGGCACCACUUACAGUUACACCACACAAUACAACCAAGCCAUAGAGCACUUCUCCAACUCUAUCAAAGUCAUCGAGAGCCGUCUUGCUAUGCUUCAGGAGGUGAUCGACAAGGCAGAAGGUGAAGACGCAGCAAAGGAAGAGAAGGGCGAGUUUGAGGAGUUGAAACAGUUGCUGCCAGAAAUUAAAGAGAAGAUUGAAGAUGCCAAGGAGAGCCAGAGGACAGCUGCAGCAGCUUCAGAGGCCAUCCAUCAGACUCUAGCUGGAGCAUCCACAUCAUCUGCAUUCCCCACUGAAAAUGGUGGCCCGUCUUCAUCCACUGCUAGUCAGAUUGCUGUGAGGCCAGCUGAUGGUGCCUCUUCCUCCAAAUCUGCAUCUGAUAUUUCUCACCUUGUCCGCAAAAAGAGGAAACCAGACGAGGAGAGUCCAAAAAAGGACAGUGAUGCUAAAAAGACUAAACAGGACACCUCAGUUAAUGGCAGCGACGACUCCGCCCACAACGGCAAUGGAGUCCAGGAGAAAAUGGAACAGGAGCCAGCCAACUCUUCCUCUGUGGAGACCUCCGCGUGAUGGGCAUCUUCUGAUUGACUCCUUACCUUCCAACCAGCAGAGCAUGCCUGCCUCAUCUACUCCCCAUGAACAACUUUUUGUCUCUGUUUUGUAAAUAACCAGAUUUCUUUGUCUGUUCGAUUUUUGUAUACUUGUAGUAAACUUUCAAUAAAGGAUAUUUGCAUAUGUG